GCGCUCUCUGAUUGGCCGACCUGCUUCCUGUUUCCCGUCGUGCCUAUCCACACACGUGAAGGUCAGCUCUCAGUCAUUCAAAAUUAAAAUACUACCCGUACAGUUUGUCCUGCUGAAAUAUGGAAGGCCAGGGAGCGACAGCGGACCCGCAGCUCCAGCACUUCAUCGAAAUCGAGUCUCAGAAGCAGAGGUUCCAGCAGCUGGUGCACCAGAUGACCGAGGUCUGCUGGGAGAAAUGCAUGGAUAAACCCGGGCCGAAGCUCGACUCCAGGACAGAGGUGUGCUUCGUCAACUGUGUAGAGCGAUUUAUCGACACCAGCCAGUUCAUCCUCAACAGGCUGGAGCAGACCCAAAGGAGUAGGGGCUCAUUCUCAGAGACAAUGUCAGACUAAAGCUGUCACUGAAAGGACUUGAUGAGACAGAGAUCACCCAGCCGCUGAUCCGAGACCUGGCCCCUCUUGGUCCUGCCAGCCUACAGUAUGGUGCAAUAUGAGAGCUGCUCAUUAACCUGGAGAAAGGAACAAUAAUAAGUGUUACUUUUGAUACAAGUGCCUCAGGUUAACACCGUGUGUUGUGUCACCGUGACUUCUGCAGAAGUCUUGGGUUUGAUUUGUCCUUUCAGUGGGGUGAGACCGCGCUCAGAAAUUUAAAUGUGGUCAGUUGCUUGUAAUGACUUCAUGUUGAUUUCAGCUCAUUGGGAUUAUAGUCCAUUCACCCAGUCAUAUUGUCAAAAUGUGUUGGAGUGUCUCGGUGUACCCUACAGCAACUAGGCAGUAAAGUGAGGAGAGAUCCAAACAUCUGGGACACUGAAUUUACCUCCUGUUGCUGACAGCCAUACCACAUCCUGUUGCAGUUUAAGUGGAAAAAUGGUCAUCUUGACUGAGAAGAGGCAUGGCUUCAUGGCUACAGGUUUUGAAUUGUACAUAUGCAAUAAAGAAUAUGCCAACUAA